AUGGCCGUCGCUGUCUUCGGAAAGAUUCUAAUCGGCAUUUACGUGGAAAUCAAACGGAGUGAUGGUCGAAUCCACCAGGCCAUGGUGACAUCACUGAAUGAAGACAACGAGAGUGUCACGGUGGAGUGGAUAGAGAAUGGCGACACGAAAGGGAAAGAGAUAGACCUGGAGAGCAUCUUUGCUCUGAACCCAGAUGUGGCUCCUGAAGAGGAGGUAGUACAGAGUCCUGAAACCCCUCCUCCUGCUUCCUCCAUCUCCUCCGCUGCUAAACAAAUCAAGCCACCCAAGAACCGACGAACAAUAGCGCCCCCCAAGACUGAAACCCCAGCAAACAGAGUGGGGACUACGCGAGCCAGACCCAGUCAAAUACAGCACCAGCAAAGCCAACCAGAACCACCCCCACCUGUAGCACUCACAGCCCUACAGACACAGCAGAUGACACUACAACAACAGCAGAACGCGCGGCGGAAAUCCAACUGUGUGAAGGAGGUGGAGAAACUACAGGAGAAGAGAGAGAGGAGGCGACUACAACAACAGGAGCUGAGAGAGAAGAAAGCACAGGAGGUAGAUGUGACUGUACCAAACUAUGAGAUCAUGUGUAUGAUCAGAGACUUCAGAGCCAGUCUUGACUACAGGCCUCUAACCACUGCUGAUCUGAUCGAUGAGGAGCACAGGAUAUGUGUGUGUGUACGAGCACGGCCCCUCAAUAAAAAAGAGCUGACUAUGAAGGACCUGGAUGUGAUCACCAUCCCCAGUAAGGACGUGGUGAUGGUCCAUGAACCCAAGCAGAAGGUUGACCUGACCAGGUACCUGGAGAACCAGACCUUCCGCUUCGACUACGCCUUUGACGACAGCACCGACAACGACAUGGUCUACAGGUUCACCGCCCGGCCACUGGUUGAGACCAUCUUUGAGAGGGGCAUGGCCACCUGCUUCGCCUAUGGACAGACAGGAAGUGGGAAAACACAUACAAUGGGAGGAGAUUUUUCGGGGAAGAACCAGGACUGUUCUAAAGGGAUCUACGCGCUGGCUGCGAGAGACGUGUUUCUCAUGCUGAAGAAGCCAAACUACAAGAAGUUAGACCUCAAUGUCUUCGCCACCUUCUUUGAGAUCUACAGCGGGAAGGUGUUUGACCUGCUGAACCGGAAAGCCAAGCUGAGGGUUCUGGAGGAUGGGAAGCAGCAGGUGCAGGUGGUGGGGCUGCAGGAGAGAGACGUCAAAUGUACUGAAGACGUCCUCAAACUCAUAGAGGUCGGAAACAGCUGCAGGACGUCAGGUCAGACCUCGGCCAAUGCCCACUCGUCCCGUAGCCACGCUGUGUUCCAGAUCAUUCUGCGGCGGCGAGGGAAGAUGCACGGCAAGUUCUCGCUGAUUGACUUGGCGGGGAACGAGAGGGGUGCCGACACAUCCAGCGCUGACCGCCAGACACGCCUGGAGGGGGCUGAGAUCAACAAGAGUCUGCUGGCACUCAAGGAGUGUAUCAGGGCUCUGGGUCGGAACAAGCCCCACACCCCGUUCAGAGCCAGCAAGCUGACCCAGGUCCUCAGAGACUCCUUCAUCGGGGAGAACUCCAGGACCUGCAUGAUUGCCACUAUAUCUCCUGGAAUGGCUUCCUGUGAAAACACUCUAAACACUCUGAGAUACGCCAACAGGGCGAAGGAGCUAACGGUGGACCCAGGGGUGAUGAUGGAGGGGCGGGGGGGGGGAGGGGGUCACAGCGUCACCCAGCUGGAGGUCCUGGAGGCUCAGUGGGGGGUCGGCAGCUCACCUCAGAGGGAUGACCUCAAACUGCUCUGUGAACAGAACGAAGAGGAGGUGUCUCCUCAGCUCUUUACCUUCCAUGAAGCUGUGUCUCAGCUGGUGGAGAUGGAGGAACAGGUCCUGGAGGACCACCGAGCUGUGUUCCAGGAGUCUAUCCGUUGGCUGGAGGAUGAGAAGGUGUUGUUGGAGAUGACAGAAGAGGUGGAUUAUGAUGUGGACUCUUACGCCACGCAGCUAGAACAGAUCCUGGAUCAAAAGAUAGACAUCCUCACUGAGCUCAGAGACAAAGUGAAGGGUUUCCGUUCUACACUCCAGGAAGAGGAGCAGGCGAGCAAACAGAUCAACCCCAAGAGGCCUCGUGCUCUUUAGACAUGUCACACACACCUACACAUGUACACACACACGCGUACACACAAACACACACUAAUCUUAACACUUAACUGGAACCCUCUGGCGUAAAGGAUAACUGAUGUCAUAAGUUAAUUGUCCCUAAUCGAUGGUCGUAUAUUUCUAAAUGUGGGUGGUGGCCUUAAAGCAUUGUUUGACUUGUCCAGAGGGGUAUAGUGAAAGGCUUUAAGAUAAUUGGGGUCACAGCACAAAACAUCUGGAAACCACUGUUGACAAGCAACUGAUUUACACCCUUGUUUAGACCUGAACAAAGUGCUAUGGUGUAAGUUAUGAUUUAAGGAUUAUGAGGUGUUGCACCAUUUUCUAUGUACAGGCUCCUCCCAUUGCUGCUUGUUAAUAUCAUCCAUCCAUCCAUCUGUAAAAGCGAGGGCAGAUUCCCUCUCCUUUCCAUCCCCCUGUAGACUGUAUGUACAUGGGUAAUGUAUCUGUGUGGUGUAACGACUAUC